AAUUAAAGAAUUUUGUGUAGAUUUCGGAUGUUGAAAGUCCUUGUUUAAAAUCUUUUAAGGCAAGGGAGAAAAUCUCUCGUAGAAUCCAACGAUGGCGGACCAAGAAGCCGAGUGUGAACAGUUUAUAGGCGACGAUUCUGAACUCCAUUGUCGGAACAAAGUCAAGCCCUUGGUGGAUAUGUUGACGAGGAAAAACGUUGGCAUGUAUUUACAGUUUAUUUUGUUUGGAAUCGGCUCGGUUCUUCCUAUAUUUGUGAUUUUCGCCGCUGUUGAUUACUUCGAUGACAUUUUUCCUCACAAGCAACCAGAAUUUGCAAUGAACGCGAUCUACAAUCCGCUGCUGUUCUGUGGUUGUUUCGUUAACUUGGUGUGGGGUCGCGCAGCUAGUUUCAAAUGGAGGAUUGUCAGUGGAUUUUCAGUCGUAGUCAUAUGCAUGUUGGGCUUCAUUUUUCUUGAUCAGCUGGAGUUAUGUGGGUCAACAUGUCUUAAGAGCCAUUACUGGUCCGUUCUGUUUCUAGCAGGUAUUCUUGGCUUGGCAGAUGCCGUGUGCCAGUCUACUUUGUUUGGUCUUACUACUCACGCUCUGCCACCAAUAUACACCCACGGACUAAUGCUUGGUGUAGGCUUAUGUGGCUUCCUUAUGACAUCUUUAAGAGUUUUGACAAAGACUGCUACCAAAAAUCUUCAUGUGUCAAGCUAUUACUACUUUGGGACAGCAGCCAUAUUUACUUUGGUAGUGGUAGCUGUUUACUUUCAUCUCAUUGGAGGUGAUGCAUUUCAACGUUACUACUCCCAAGCUCCAAGAAGUGGUCUUGACACUGACUGGAAACAUCCUUUUCAACGUUUUGCAUUCUUUACAGGUGAAGCACUGAGAGUGUUGCGCUAUAAACAUGUCUUCUGCCACUGUUUUUUGCUUACAUUAGUAACUGCCCAACAGUAUGUUGUGAUACCAUCAGUGGCUGCCUUGGCAACAGACUUCCUUGGUAAUGGUUGGUUCCCUGUGUUGUUAAUUUUAGUAUACAAUGUUGGUGAUGUUAUUGGCCGAGGGCCAUUGGCUUUGUAUUACAUGUAUUCUAUUUGGUGGGCAUGGCUAUCUACUCUUGUUCGUUUCUUUAUUAUUGCUGGCAUCUGUCUUAGUGUACCCCCUCACAGUAUGAGUACAAGGCCUGCCUGGAUGGCAACUUUUGUUGCAGUACUUGGUCUAUCAACUGGUCAUCUGACAACAUCCCUAAUCUCUUACUCUUCAUCUGAAGUACCAGGAAGAGCUAAGGAAACUGUUGGAUACCUAAGUGUGUUAAGCAUGACACUUGGAAUGGCUGGUGGAAGUGCUACCAGUUAUUUCAUGAAAGCCCUCGUGGAUAGGACUGGCUAACUUAAGUCUGCAUGUAUUGCCAUUAGCAGGUUUGAAUGUUGUACUUAAACCACUUAACUCACAGGAUCAGAUUGUUAAUUCUCCUCAUCUAGCUGCAGCACAUUUCCUUGAAAAUUAAUUACAAGAAUGUGGUGUUAGAUCAAGAUCAUUUCUACGUGAAAAGUUUGAGUGUUCUCAUUACCUGAACAUGUUAAUCACUUCUGGGACUUAUAGGGUUAGAGAAUGUUAUUUGUCCUUUCAAUUAUGUAUGAGUCACUAGCAAUAUCAAGUUAUGAGAGAAGCAAAGGAUAUCAAUCUUAGGGGGUAUCAAUGAGUCAAAAACCCAUUACAGUACAGAACCCCCCCAUGGGUUCUUUAGUACAAGUCCUGUGAACAUGUGCAUGUUUUUGGAGGAGGACAAAAACGAAUUUUAGAGGGAGAAAAGAAAUUUUGGCCACUGGAGGGACUACUCUAGGAGUUUAGCAGGAGAGAGUGGUUAAUGUCUAUGAUUCUUUGCUGAUUAUGAUGGCAGGUUGGUAGAAGGGGGAACUUAAAUUCUUUUCUAAGACUAUUCCUCUUUCUUAAGCUUGUAAUGUAGGGUCAGAGCCCUAGUAGAUAUGAUGAAUGUUUAGAAGAAAUAUCUGACAUAGACUGACAUAGGAAAAUAGAAAAACAGUGAUAAUAAGUUAUCAGUUAAACCAGCUAUAUUUUGGAUACAAUCAACUUUAAGAGGGUGCUUUGAAAUAAUUUUUGCAUGAGUUCCAUACAACAUUAAACAAGAGAGAAUUACACCAAAAAAGAGAAUAGUAAUGGGUUAAAAGUUAUCUUAAAGGCUAUCUUAGUUUAAGGAUUACCUAAACCGUAAGCUUUCAGCUUCUAGUCUUAGGAAAUUUUGAAGGGCAAGAUGAAAAUUAGACAUGUUCAAAAUGAAAGUGUUGUUGCAAAUGCCAACUGAAGCCGUUUCCACAAACUUCUCAAUUUUUAUUUGUCUCCGAUAAGAUUCAACAUGAAUCUCUCGUGUCGAUUUAAUUGGAAGUGAAAUUACUCCUCGUAGUUGGUGUUCGUUUAAUUACAAGUUGAGCUGCAUUCGAUCUUAUUAAAAUUUUUCUGACUUUUCUCCUUCC